AUGGCACGUCAGUUGAUUCCAAGAGCUCAUCCAAUUCGUACAAUCUUUCGCAAUCCCCCAUACAGAGAUAUGAUAAAACCAUCUUGUGAUGGUUUAUGGAUGGAAUUUGGUGUAUUUCGUGGCACGUCGUUAUCUCAGAUUGCAGAAUGGAAACAGGCGUUUUGUGAUAACUCAAGUCAACUUGUCUAUGGAUUCGACUCAUUUGCUGGAUUACCAGCCGACUGGAGGCGUGGAUUUAAACGAGGCGCCUUUCGAAUGCCUAAUGGAACACAAAUUAUAGUUCCAUCUAAUGCUGUAUUAGUGAAAGGACUAUUUAUUGACACAUUACCUACACAUCUUCGUCUAGUCGAUUAUCAAUAUCAAUGUAAGACACCAGUUUCGUUUGUUCAUAUUGAUGGCGAUAUUUAUGAGAGUGCAAGGGAUAUUUUGUAUCUACUUGGAACUCGCUUUGUAUCGGGCACAGUUUUAGUAUUCGACGAGUUAUUCAAUUAUCCAGAUUACGAAAAACAUGAGAUUAAGGCGUUAUUUGAAUUUUUAUCUGGUUCAGAUUUACGACUUAUGACCCUCGGAACAAGCGGCAACAUUGAACUGAAACCAACUAAAGAUACAACACCUCAAUCAUUCGCUUUUGUUAUAGAUGACGCAGAAAGUGAAUAA